AUGGUCGAAAUAAGGGAAACUCACUGGGAAGCUGUACAGGCGAAGACCUUUACAAAGUGGUUUAACGACAAAUUAAGCAAAGGAAAUUAUAAACUUAUAAAAGAUAUUUAUAGUGAUCUUCAUGAUGGUGUAGCUUUGGGUAAUUUAUUAAAGUGUUUGUUGAACACCAAUAUUAAUUUUAAUCAAAAGCCCUUUACUAGAAUACAGAAAGUAGAAAAUUUAGAAAUUCUUCUUAAAUUAUUAAAAAAGCAAGGAUUGCUUUUAGUUAAUAUUGGUCCAGAAGAUAUUGUUGAUUGUAAUAAAAAGCUUAUUCUUGGUCUUAUAUGGACAUUAAUUUCUAAACUAUCAAUAUCUGAUCUGGGAGCAGGAGACUUAUCAUUUAAGGAAGAGCUUCUUAGAUGGUGCAAAGAAGCUACAAAAGAUUAUAGGAAUGUUAAUAUUAUAGAUCUAUCUAGAAGUUGGCAAGAUGGUCUGGGAUUUAAUGCAUUAAUACAUAGGUUUAGACCGGAAUUAAUUUCUGAUUACAAUAAUUUAAAAUCUGAAAAUAGUCAUUUUAAUUUAGAACGGGCAUUUGAUAUAGCAGAAAAAAGUCUUCAAAUUCCUAAAUUAUUGGAUAUAGAAGAUGUCGCUGAUGUAGUUAAACCAGAUGAAAAAUCUAUGAUAACUUAUUUGUCGGAAUAUUAUAAAAAAUUUUAUCAAUUUGAAAAAGAUCAGAUUAGUAAAAAUUUACUUGACAGCUUGUUAAAUAAAAUUGAGUGGUCACUUCAUUGUAGAAAUUUCUACGAAAUUAAGGUUAGAAGUUUUUUGAACAAACAGAAAAUUUAUCAAGAUAAGAAAAAAGAUCUGGAACUUUUACUUAAAAAUGUAAAUAUUUUAAAAAGUGAAAUGCAAGAAAUUAAUAGUACGUUAUCGGCUGAUUAUAUUAAUAUAUACAGCACUUUCUCAGAAAUUAAUUUACUUCAUGAUUAUUACAAUAUUAAAAAAUACAUUCCGCCCUCAGAUAUUUCUAUUGAUAAAGUUAAUUUUUUAUACGAAGAUAUGAAUUUGUUUUUAUGUAACUGUUUACAAAUUGGUGAUGUCUCUGAUGCGGAAACUAAGCUUAAUAAUAAACUUGAUUAUAUUAAAAAUAUAAUUGGUGGCGACAAUGAUUUCGAAAAAAAGCUUAUUUUAUCAAAUGAGAUAAUUAAAAAUGAAGAGAAGUUUGAACAAAAGCUUGUUGAUUCAGAUUACAAAAAUAUAAAAGAAGUAGUUUUACAAUACAUUGAAUUUUUAAAUUAUUUACAUAAUGAAAAUAUUAUUAAAGAAAAUACACUAAAAAAAGCCUGUGAUCUUUUUAAUAAAUUUGGGACUGAAAUAUCAUUUAAAGAUUUUAGAAGUAUUAUUUAUAAACUUGGCAUAUUUUUAGAUGAUGAUUUCCUGAAUAAGAUUGAUUUUAAUAACAAUAAAUUAACUAAAGAAGAUUUUAUUGAUACAUUUAAAGUUAUAUUGGCUAGAUCAUAUGACCCUAUUUUAGUAAAACAAGCACUUUGCAAUAUUAAAGAUGGUGUAGAACUUGAUGAAAAUGAGCAUAAGAAUUUGUACUGUUUCAAUAAAAAAGAAAAAAACCUUAAUUUGUCUAAAAUUAUAGAUGAAUUUUUAAAGUAA